GGGAAGAAACUACGAUCUCCAGCAUGCAUUGCGUAACGAAAAGCCUUCGCCACAGUGCUCCUUGGAAACUGUAGUCUUAUGGAGAACAGCUCCCGACUCUGGAAACGAUCCUCGCGACACGUAGUUGAUAGACUGGAGCCCUCCGCGCGGUUAUGCACGUCGACAGCUAUGGACUGGAGUGCUGUUAGGUGUUUAUAUCUUAAGAGCGGACGCUAAAGAACCUCCCCACAGCAUGGAACUACAAGUUACUCUAAAUGUCACUUUUAAAAAUGAGACUCAAAGCUUUCUGGUGUCUGAUCCAGAAAAUACAACUUGGGCUGAUGUGGAAGCUAUGGUGAAAGUUUCAUUUGAUCUGAACACUAUUCAAAUAAAAUACCUGGAUGAGGAAAAUGAAGAGGUGUCCAUCAACAGUCAAGGAGAAUAUGAAGAAGCACUUAAGAUGGCAGUCAAGCAGGGAAAUCAGCUGCAGAUGCGAGUCCAUGAGGGGCACCAUGUUGUUGAGGAAGCCCCUCUUCCAGUGGCAGAAAAACGAGCUGCCCGAAUGGGGAAGAAGCCACCUGCACAUUGUUCCUCACUGGUGAGAGUCUUGGGAUCAGACACAAAGAACUCAGAGGCUCCUGCAGCACAGUUGUUUCCACUUGCUCCGUGUGACACAGACCAGCCUCAAGACAAGCCCCCAGACUGGUUCACAAGCUACCUGGAGACCUUCAGAGAACAGGUCGUUAAAGAAACAGUCGAGAAGCUGGAGCAGAGGUUGCACGAGAAACUCGUCCUCCAGAACCCAUCCGUGGCUUCCUGUUCCUCAGAAGUCUCAAUGCCUGGUUCAGAGGAAACACUGUUUUUGCCAGAAAACCAGUUCAGCUGGCAUAUUGCUUGCAGCAGUUGCCAAAGAAGGAUCAUUGGUGUGCGCUACCAGUGUAGCCUCUGCCCAUCCUAUAACAUCUGUGAAGACUGUGAAGCAGGAUCAUAUGCCCAUGACACUAACCACGUUCUGCUGAAGUUGAGGAGACCUAUUGUGAGUUCCUCUGAACCAUUCUCCCACUCAAAGUGUUCUACUCCUCGUCUCCCAGCCGCCCUGGAACAAGUGAGGCUUCAGAAACAGGUUGAUAAGAACUUUCUUAAAGCAGAAAAGCAGAGGUUGCGAGCUGAGAAGAAACAGCGUAAAGCAGAAGUCAAGGAACUUAAAAAGCAGCUUAAACUUCACAGGAAGAUUCAUCUGUGGAAUUCAAUCCAUGGGCUGCAGAGCCCCAAGUCUCCUCUGGGCCGACCUGAGAGCUUGCUCCAGUCCCACACCUUGAUGCUCCCCUUGCAGCCCUGUGCCCCAGUUAUGCCAACACUCAGUGCAGCAUUUGUGGAUGAGAAUUUGCCUGAUGGAACUCACCUUCAGCCAGGAACCAAGUUUAUUAAACACUGGAGGAUGAAAAAUACAGGAAAUGUAAAGUGGAGUGCAGACACAAAGCUCAAGUUCAUGUGGGGAAACCUGACUUUGGCCUCUGCAGAAAAGAAGGAUGUUUUGGUUCCCUGCCUAAAGGCUGGCCAUGUGGGAGUUGUGUCUGUGGAGUUCAUCGCCCCAGCCUUGGAGGGAAUGUACACUUCUCAUUGGCGUCUUUCUCACAAAGGCCAGCAAUUCGGGCCUCGUGUCUGGUGCAGUAUCAUAGUGGAUCCUUUCCCUUCUGCUGAGAGUCCUGAUAACGUUGAAAGGGACGUGAUCAGCUCAGGCAAAGCUGAUGACCUCACCUGCCAGCAAGAGGAAGCUUUUCUUCUGGCUAAAGAAGAAAGUCAGCUUGGUGCCGAGCCAGGGAAGUGCGUCACACAGAAGACAGAACAUGUCGCCAGCGAGAGGGAGCUCUACAUCCCAUCCGUGGACCUUCUGACUGCUCAGGACCUGCUGUCCUUUGAACUGUUGGAUAUAAACAUUGUCCAAGAGUUGGAGCGAGUACCCCACAACACCCCUGUGGAUAUGACUCCCUGCAUGUCUCCUCUGCCACAUGACAGUCCUUUAAUAGAGAAGCCAGGCUUGGGGCAGAUACAGGAAGAGAGUGAAGGGGCGGGAUUUAAAGCGCUUCCUGAUUCCACAGCGUCCGCAAAGAGGAAGUCUGAGAACAUGACUUCUGUGGAAGAAGCAGAGGAAGACCUGAGUGGAACCCAGUUUGUGUGUGAGACUGUCAUCCGGUCCCUUACCUUGGACGCAGCCCCGGAUCACAACCCACCUUGCAGGCAGAAGUCCGUGCAGAUGAAAUUUGCCUUGCCUGAAGAGGGACUACCUGGAGAUGAGAAGGAGGAGAUUGUCCAUAUCGCUGAGGACGAAGUUGUGGAGGAGGAGGAGGAGGAGCUCAAAGACGAAGUUCAGAGUCAGUCCUCUGCUUCUUCAGAGGACUACAUCAUCAUCCUGCCCGAGUGUUUUGAUACCAGCCGCCCCCUGGGGGACUCCAUGUACAGCUCUGCACUUUCACAGCCAGGCCUGGAGCGAGGGCCUGAAGGCGAGCCUGGGAUUGAGGCUGGACAGGAACCAGCCGAGGCUGGGGAGAGACUCCCUGCAGGAGAGAACCAGCCACCGGAACAUAGCAUCAGUGACAUCCUCAUGACCUCACAGACUUUAGAAACAGUGCCCCUGAUCCCAGAGGUGGUGGGGCUGCCACCACCACUGCCCAGGAGCCCUCUCUGUGUACAUCAUGGUUCCCCGGAAGUGGAUUUACCAGUGACUGUACCAGAAGUCUGCUCCGUCCCUGAUCAGAUCCGAGGAGAGCCCAGAGGCUCAUCAGGACUUGUAAACAGCAGACAGAAGAGCUAUGACCACUCAAGGCACCAGCCUGGGGGCAGCAUUGCUGGAGGACUGGUGAAGGGGGCCCUGUCUGUUGCUGCUUCUGCAUACAAGGCCCUGUUUGCUGGGCCACCGGUCACUGCGCAGCCAAUAAUUCCUGAAGAUCAGACAGCAGCCCUGAUGGCCCAUCUCUUUGAAAUGGGAUUCUGUGACAGGCAGCUGAACCUGCGGCUGCUGAGGAAACACAACUACAAUAUCCUGCAGGUUGUGACGGAACUCCUUCAGCUCAGCAACAACGACUGGUACAGCCACCGCUACUGAGGACUGACCCUGUAUUAAAUAAUUCCUGCUGCUCACAGAUGAUCUUUAUUCUGUCAGGGGUGUGGGGUAGAAGCCCUUGCUUGUUUUUGAAUCUGAUGAAUCUAAAUAGAGCCCAUCGUUGAAUUAUCAGGACAGUACCUGUUACAGUAUUUUUUGGAGUAAAUCAAACACCAGAACUUAAGUUUUUGCUUUAGACAUUGGAUGAAUAAUAGGAAGACAGUUUUUCAAUUGGUUUGGAUGAAACUCCCUUUUUUCUCCAUUUUAGUGCAUUGAAGAGUAGAACUUGAAUUCCUGUAGAACCCGUUUUUCCCUCUGCUUGUACUGAAGUUGAGUGUUUUCCUUUGGCUAACGUGGCUGUUUCUGUGGGGCUCUCUGUUGUCAGUUUUUAAAAUAACCUGGGAGUUUUCCAGAGUUUUCCUCAUAAUCUCUGUAGCCUACCCCAGGCCUUAUAGUGACAUGCCAUCGAAAUGACACCCAGAGCAUGGAGUAUCGGUACUCUUCCUGUCAUUUUCUGCAGGACGUAGAGUCGGCAUCAUUGCUUUCUAAAAGACUUGGUGCAUAAGAGCACCACCUUCCAGGGGUGAAAGGAGCGAAGUGCUAAUUAACCCACCAGCACCUAUCGAGCGGUGUCUCUUAUAGUAAUUUUGCAUACAUUUUUAUUUAAGGAAAAAUCUUUAGGUAGCCAUGAAAUAUUUUGCUAAUCCUAUAGAGAAGGGGGAAAGAACCUAUUACUUAUGGGGAAAAGUAAAUUUUAACAGUUACCUUUUUCUUAAUGUCAGGACAGAUCUUAUUUUACAGUAGAGCAGGCAGAGGGAAAGGCAAGAGGCCCCUGCAUGGAUCUCAGGGAGGUCCUGGGGUGGGCGAGUGAGUGUGUGAGCGGCACGGGAAUGCUGGUGACUUCCUGAGCGUUUGAAAUCCACUCGGUGGAAUCCAGCCCAGAGAGCCUGGAGCUGGAAAAAGUGGCUUGUACUUUGCAAGAUUUGGAUGCAGGUCAAUUCCCUGAAAAAGUGUAGGGCAGGCGGGGAAGAGCUGGCUUCUAAGGGACCAGGUGCUCACUCAGGGGAAGAGUCUUGGGUUCAGGGGAAGGAAAGGGUUAACAGACGCUACAAAUUUUACUCAUGAAAGUGACUUUCAGAAGAGUCCGAACCCCAACCCAAAAGAGGAAGGAGUUACCAUAGUAUUAUUUACCAACGUUGGUAUUUAUGAUGAAUGGGGAUCUUAAAUGAACCAUUAGCUACUAAAUAAACCAGAAUUCAGACUGUAAGCCAAACAGGAUGGUCAUUGUUUAAAACGUUUGUAGCGGGUUUCUGGGGAGAAGCCAGCCACAUGAGUGUCAUUGAGUCCACUUAGGGCGGGGCCGUGGUGACCAUCAGUCUCAUAGUGGGGGUCCAGGAGGGUCGGGUCCGUCGGCCGCCCCGUUGUACUGUACAUAACCGCUUAAAGAAUGGUGAAAUAAAUGUUCUUUGAAACUCCUA